AUGAGUACAACGCAGUGGAGUGAGAGCAUAAAUGCCUUUUUUGACGGGUAUGUUCAUGCUAAGACCAACCUGAAAGAAUUUGUCGACCAGUUUGACAAUGCGUUGAAAAAGAAAAAAGAGAAUGAAAAUGCUACGGACUUCCACUCUUUUAGUGUCACAACCCCCUGCAUAUCGAGAUCUCCAAUUGAGAAGAGGUUUCAAGAUUUGUAUAUGAAUUCUAAAUUCAAGGAAGUACAACAGCAAGUUACUGGCAUGAUCAAUAUGAAUCCAAAGUUACAUACAAGUGAUGGUGCAGUCCUGACUUAUAUGGUAAAAGAUAAAGUUCAUGUGGCAGAAUAUGCUAAACUGGUUACAUAUUUUGUGGACUUUAGUGAAGAAGAUUCGAAGGCAAAGUGUUCUUGUGGAUUAUUCCAGAUGAGGGGGAUAUUGUGUAGGCAUAUCUUGGCCUUGUUCAGAUGUAACGAGAUUACAACAUUGCCAGAUAGCUAUAUUUUAGAUCGCUGGAGGAAGGAUAUCAAAAGGCGAUACACGUUGAUCCACAGUAGUUAUGAUGGAGGGGAAAAACAGGCAGAUUCUAAUAGAUAUUCUGAGUUGUUGAAUAUCUGUUAUCAGAUGAUUACUCUUGCAGCGGGCUCGAAAGAACAUACUCAGGAUGCGAAAGCUAAGUUAUAUGGCAUGAUUGAUUUCUAUGGUACCAACCAAGAACCCCCAUCGAUGACUCAAACUGGUUCCAAUAUGCAUUGUACGACUGGGGACGCAAUUACUGUCGGUGGUUCUGAGUAA